AAGUAAGCUUGACAGCUGUUUUAUUACUGUGUUCUCGAGAAGCUAGCCAUAACGUAAUUAUCGAGGAAAAGGCUUCAGUGUGAGCGCAAGUCAAAUCAACAAUGAAGUAACCUUAAGGAAUCCACUGAAGUUCAAUGGAGUUCAGAAUGGCAUUUAACCAACAUCAGAGCACAUUUUCAGAUUCUCUGUUUUCAACAUACCAGCAUCAGGCUAGUGCAAAUGCAAGUGAUGGAAUCAAAGGAAGCAUGGCGUCGCCAUUCGUCACCAUCCCCAGUGUGACUGUGCCAGAACAGGACACGGCAUCCCACAUGACAUGGCCUCAUAAUGCUCAUGAUGAUCCCUAUGAACUCAUCAGUUGUGCUCAGAGCAGCUUCAAGAAUAGGAACGUCACUGGCAGUACUGAGUGUGAUGGGGAGCUUGAUCUAAAUCGCCUGGUGUCAAAUAUUGUGGAUAAAGGAGAGUCACAGGACAGCUACAGCAGUGAAGGGUACCUACCUUCAUGUAAUCCCGUCUGGUCUCCGAGGAUACCGAGAGAAGAUUUCAUGAAUUAUUUUCAAUCAGAGGCAAAAACAAAUCACAUCUCAAGUUUUCUUUCAGACUCUGACCGUUUCAAUAAAGCACAGGUACAGUCAGAGGACAAAACUGUUGAGGAAUCUUCUCAGCAGUUCAGUGGCCUUACUAGCGCUCAACAGUGGCUUUUUAAUUUGUCUAAUGAAGAUCAUAAUGGCUGCACACCCUGUCCUCGAAAACUGCCACCAGGUCUACCAGUGUCCAAUACAGGGAGGACCUCCCCUUCACAGCUGCAGCAAUCUAAAUAUACCUACAUAUCAAUUAAGGACCGAGGGAACAGCCAACCUUUGAAUAAAUUCCCUGACCUCAGUGAUGUUUUUAGACCUCAGAGUGAGAUGAAUAGCCUGCAGUUUGAUCCUUAUUAUGAAGACCAGGCCUCCAGGCUGACAGUGGAGAUGCAGCACAAAAACAGAAUGGUUGCACAGUGUAACGACUCAAAUCCUGCAGUGCCAGCACAAACUAUGCCUGUGGCACAUCUCCAGAAAGAGCUGCUGGGAGAAUUUGGGAUGGUGCAUAAGGAAAGAACUGAAGGCAAAAGGAAACAAACUCUCAAUUGUGAUGGCUCCCAAGAUCAACCUGGAUUCAGCCUUCAAAACACAGAGCAUUUCCAGCAACCAAUGCCCGUAUCUCCAUCGUUCUCCCGCCCAUACCAGUACCACAACAAGAUGACCAUGCAUAAGGGAGAUGCUUCACUUCCCAUGACUCUGGACAUGAACCAGUCUUCUCAGCAUCACAUCCUGCAAGGCCAGAUGAACGACACAGUCAGAUCAGAAAUACCAAAGGAACAGAACCGGAUGCUUGGGCCUGGUUUUCUGGGAGAACAUUUAUUCACAGGGCCAUUGAACCACAAUCAAAUGAGAGAGAUGAACCAGGCCCUUUCACAUAAUUCACGCUGGAACACUCAGAGGUUUGUUGGAGAAAACCGUGUAACCAGUGCAGGGAAUGUACAGCAGUUCAUUCCUUUUAUGUAUCCUGUAAAUGACCCCAGAAAGCAGUCCCUCCUGCCCAUCGCCACCUCUAACUUCAGCUCUAGAGCCACUUUACUGAAUGGAAGUGGCAUUCCUGGCAUGGAUUUGGGUGAUGUAGUGCCCAUCAAUGCGUCUGCAGCGUUCUACUCCUAUCUGAGUGAUAUAAUGAGCCGCAGAGGAGAAAACCCUUAUCAUGGCGUGGCCUCAGCCAUGAAAAGUCCAGUGGUGAUGAAUCAAGGAGGACCUGCUGUCCUGCUUUACUUCUAUCUGGAUGAAUGUUAUGAGCAAUGGAGAGCUCUGGAAAAGGAAAGAAAGGCGACGGAGGCCAUCCUUAACAGAGCAUUCCCUGAGAGACAGUUGGCAACAGCAAACAGCAUUUACUUACCGAAAUCACCACUGAAUGCAACAAGAAUUGACAAUCUCAUUGCCAGUCAGAUGAGAGAACAAGCCAGGGUGGCAAGCCUUCUGGAUAACAUGGAGUGUCUGCACAUCAUUCCGCUCCCCAGCAACAUCCACACAGCACUCAGCAGUCAUCACAUGAGUCUUUGCGUUACACAGGCCAGGUGCAAAGAACAGCAGCUGGUCAAUGUGUCCGUACAGCAAAGGCAGAGCGGGAGUCAUGUCACGGCAUACAGAGACACCCAGAUGUUGGCUCUGGCACUGAAGGAGCUGUCUGCCGCGACCAGGGACCUCCGCACGGCCCUCUGGUGUGCCCUGCAGGUGACUGUGCCCAAACCCGCUCGGAGGCCGGACCAACACGUCACUCAGGAGACUGCAUGUAUGGGCACACACCUCUCUCCUUUUGACGGAUACUCUUUUACCUUGUGAUUUGCAAGCACCAGUUACGGUGCAAAUGUGUUAAUUAAAUUAAAAUUUAAUUAAAAAUGUUCCAUAUACAGGGUAAUUUAAAAACAAAAUGUUGUAAUUAUUAAUCUCCAAGAUUAUAGUGACAUUUUACCGACCAACAUGGUGAUUACUGCAGAAUGAGGAGAGCAGUUUGAAGCUCGAUGGUGGCACUCUUUGGAGCUUCAGGUGGCUAACUUAUUACGCAGGAAUCACAUGAAAUAUAAUUUAUCAUGCCACAUCUUAGUGUAAUUUGGUUUAAUUAGUGUUAGUUCCAAAUUAAAUGUCAAUCUUGCUUUAUCACUCUUGUAUUUAAUGAUACUAUUUAUGUGGAUGAAUGUUUCAUUUGUGUUUCUGAACGCAAGUUCCAGGCUCUUCCCAAACAAUAAUUGAAUCAUAAGGGCAGUAAAAUAUAUGCAUGUGCUAAAUCUUAACAUGGUUUCUUAAAUGUUCCAUAUAAAUUUCAGUCUUU